ACGCUGAGCCUGGCCCGCCGCCGCGGCCUCCCCCGGCGGCGCCGCCCGCCCCGGGCUGCCGCAGCGCCGCGAUGGAGACGGCGGAGAAGGAGUGCGGAGCCCUCGGCGGCCUCUUCCAAGCCAUCAUCAACGACAUGAAGAGCUCCUACCCCAUAUGGGAGGAUUUCAACUCGAAGGCCACCAAGCUGCACUCCCAGCUCAGGACCACGGUGCUGGCCGCAGUUGCCUUCCUGGAUGCCUUCCAGAAAGUGGCUGACAUGGCCACCAACACCCGAGGUGCCACGAGGGACAUCGGCUCGGCGCUGACCCGGAUGUGCAUGCGGCACCGCAGCAUCGAGGCCAAGCUCCGGCAGUUCACCAAUGCCCUCAUGGAGAGCCUGAUAAACCCUUUGCAGGACAGGAUUGAGGACUGGAAGAAAACUGCCAAUCAGCUGGACAAGGACCAUGCGAAAGAGUACAAGCGAGCACGCCAUGAGAUCAAGAAAAAGUCCUCUGACACCCUCAAGCUCCAGAAAAAGGCUCGCAAAGAGCUACUUGGGAAGGGGGACCUGCAGCCCCAGCUGGACAACGCGCUGCAGGAUGUCAAUGACAUGUACCUGCUGCUGGAGGAGACGGAGAAGCAGGCAGUCCGCAAAGCCCUCAUCGAGGAGCGGGGCCGUUUCUGCACCUUCAUCACCUUCCUGCAGCCCGUGGUGAACGGGGAGCUCACCAUGCUGGGAGAGAUCACCCACCUGCAGGGCAUCAUCGAGGACCUGGUGGUGCUCACUGCUGAGCCCCACAAGUUGCCCCCCGCCAGUGAGCAGGUGAUCAAGGACCUGAAGGGCUCUGACUACAGCUGGUCCUACCAGACGCCCCCAUCCUCACCCAGCAGCUCCAGCUCCCGCAAGUCCAGCAUGUGCAGCAGCGUUAGCAGUGCCAAGGGUGGCAUGGCGUGGCCCGGCGGGGCUCAGACCUGCUCACCCAGUUCCACCUAUCGCUACCGCAGCCUGGCGCAGCCCCCCGCCGCCGCCACCCGCCUCUCCAGCGUCUCCUCCCACGACUCCGGCUUCAUCUCCCAGGACGCCGCUUAUUCCAAACCGCCUUCCCCCAUGCCCUCGGACAUCACCAGCCAGAAGUCCUCCAGCUCAGCGUCCUCAGAGGCAUCCGAAACCUGCCAGUCAGUUAGCGAGUGCAGCUCCCCCACCUCGGACUGGUCCAAGGCCAGCCCCUAUGACCAGCCGGUGGUCCCUACCCUGCAGCGGCGCAAGGACCGCGUGGAGCACCUGCGGGAAGCCGAGAUGGGCUCUCCUGCUGGGGGGUACCCGGGCAUCGGAGCCGAGGACGCUCCCAGGCCCCGGAUGUCACCGGCUACAAUCGCUGCCAAGCAGCAUGGUGAGGAGGUGUCCCCUGCCGCCAGCGACCUGGCCAUGGUCUUGACCCGUGGGCUGAGCUUGGAGCACCAGAAGAGCAGCCGGGACUCGCUGCAGUACUCCAGUGGCUACAGCACGCAGACCACCACCCCCUCCUGCUCUGAGGACACCAUCCCUUCCCAAGGCUCCGACUACGACUGCUACUCGGUGAACGGCGACGUGGAGUGCGACCCCCAGAGUGACUUCGACAAGUCCUCCACCAUCCCACGCAACAGCAACAUCGCCCAGAACUACCGGCGGAUGAUCCAGACCAAGCGUCCCGCCUCCACGGCCGGGCUGCCCAGCGGCUCCAACCUGCCGGCCGGCACCACCCCGGGGGUGGCCACCAUCCGCCGCACGCCCUCCACCAAGCCCUCGGUCCGCCGCACGCUCUCCAACGCCGGCCCCAUCCCCAUCCGGCCCCCCAUCGUCCCCGUGAAGACCCCCACGGUGCCCGACUCCCCUGGCUAUGCCGGCCCUACGCGGGUGGGCAGCGAAGAGUGCGUCUUCUACGCUGACGAUGCCUCUCCGAACCCCCUGGAUUUUGCCAAAGCUUCGCCCAAGCGGCUGAGCCUUCCCAACACCGCCUGGGGUGGCGGUGCCAUGGAGAUCUCUGUCUACCCCGGCGCCGGCCAGCACCUCUCCGCUGAGGAAGAGGAGGACCAGCAGCUGGCUGCCAACCGGCACAGUUUGGUGGAGAAGAUCGGGGAGCUGGUGGCCGGCGCCCACGCCCUGGGGGAAGGCCAGUUCCCCUUCCCCACCGCCCUCGUGGGGUCCGGCCCCAGCGAGGAGACCCCCGCGCCGCCGCCCGCGGCCUCCAUGGACCCCCCGGCCGAAGACAUGCUGGUGGCCAUCCGGCGCGGGGUGCGGCUGCGCAGGACCGUCACCAACGACAGGUCGGCCCCGCGGAUAUCGUGAUGCUGCCCCGUGCCCGCCGUGGCCCAUGGACCCCGGGGACAGCCCUGCCUCCCCAGGAGCCCCCACCCGCCGGCGCCCGCUGCCCUUCCCUCUCUGCUGCCCCUGCUUCCUGCCCCUCUGUCUGUCUGCUCCUGCCCUGCCCUCUCCCUACGUCCCUCCUUCACUUGCGCUCUCUCUGGUCCUCUUUCUCCUCUUUUUCUCCUUUUCUCCUCUUCUUUUUCCUAUUUUUCCUGCUUUUGUUCCUUUGGCUUUUAUUUUUUGUUCUUGUAUGUCACUUUCCCUUCUCUUUUUUUAU